AUGUUGGGUGUAAAAUCGUCACUUUGUACAAAUGAAAGCACAUUCUUAUAUAACAAUCAGUUUAUCUAUUCCCCUAAUCAGGCAUACGCUGCCGGGAUAAACAAUAACUAUUUUGGUGUUUACAAUGUAUCUGUAUCUGGUAGUGUUGGUUCGGCACUUUGGACAGCAUCACAGUCAUCAGCACCGUCAGGCGAUUAUUUAAGCCCGCAAACUGACCGAAAUUUGGUUGUUUAUAACUCAGGUGGCGGGGCCAUUUGGGCAUCAAAUACACAGAACAGUGGAGCUGGCAGUCCAUUUUGUUUAACUAUGGAAAAUAACGGAAAUCUAGUUUGGUAUGAUAAUUCUUUUACGACUGUAUGGCAAACAAAUACCGUACAAGGACGAUAG